AUGCAAUCGUCCUCUGACCCCACCACCCACAACCUCACAGCCGCCUUCCUCUUCCUCCGCACUGCCUCCACCGCCGUCACCAAUCUCACCACCCAAACCGAAUCCACAAAAGCCUACAUCCAGUACGACUCACAAAACGGAUAUUAUAGCGAGCACAUGGGUCAUGAAGCCCAGCUCGAAACGGAACUGCAAGAUCUCAAGAUGUGGGAAGCCAGGCUUGUGGAAGCGGGGGUGGGGUUUGUCAACUGGGCUGCGAAGGUGAGGACGGGGAGGUGGCUGCCGGGGGAGAUAUUGGCGAUGAUUGGUGAGAGUUUGCGAGAGAAGGACUUGGUACUGUCGGAGAUUUGGUAG